UCCGUUCAGUCACCAGUGCGCAGCGCUAAUAGAAGCAAGUGUUCACAUGAUCGUCGUGCUGCUUUUAUUUUUGCGUUAUUUUUUUUUAUGCAAUACCUUUGACUUAGGAAACAAGGUCUGAAACGCUCAUGUAUUAUACUUGUAUGAAUGAGAAUUGGAGAUUAUUAUCACAAGUGUUACAAUUGCUUUUCUCUGUACCUAGUUUGGUUCCUGUGUGUUGAGUAAUAUUCUGUGUCAGUUGCUAGUGGUUGUGCUUGUGAUCAGACGAUUUCAUCGCAAACGUGUUCCAAUUUGGGAUUUCACCACGAGCGGGCUUAAGGAAGUGUAUAGUCAAGUGGACAGUGGCGGCGGUGGCUCUGCCGAAGUAAUGGUGUACUCUCUUGGCUGGGGCAUGGGCGAGCCGGAGCGGCGCGGCGUAGAUCGCAAGCGCGCCCAGCCGCCCGCCGCUGCGCACACGACCCUCUCGCCCGAUGACGGUCACGAGGUGGAUGUUUUGCCGCUGCACAAUCAGGUGGGCGGCCACACUAGACUAUUGGUACUAAACGACAGUACCGUGAUCAAGCCGCUGAAUAUUCGUGAACUGCAUUUCUACCAGAACAUUCCUGAAGAUAUCCAGAACUUCGUACCUAGAUACAAAGGCGUGAUGCAGGCGUCUAACACGGGUAGCAACAAAUUGGACAAGCGGUACUCACCAUGUUUCCGCGACGAGAACGGCCGCAAGCAGUCGCUGAGCGGCAAACGCAAGCGCGACGACGUGUUCAAGUUUAAAGUUCACCGAAAUGGCAAUGCGGGCGAAGUGCUCAAGAGCAUUGCCCACAUGGACAACUCAAAUAAGCAAUAUUUCUUGAUGAUGGAGAACAUCACAUCAUCGUACCGACGGCCGUGUGUGCUUGACUUGAAGAUGGGCACACGGCAACAUGGCGAUGAUGCUUCCGCGGAGAAACGCAGCAAGCAGAUCGCCAAGUGUGCUGCCUCCACAUCGGCAACACUUGGAGUUCGAUUAUGUGGCAUGCAGGUGUACGUGCCGGAGACGAGCGCGUGCGUACGCCGCGACAAGUACUGGGGCCGGUCGCUAACCGAGGGCGGCCUACGCGACGCGUUGCGCGACUUCUUCGGGCUACGCGCGCGUGUCGUGCGGCGAGUGCUGCGAGACCUAGACGCGCUGCGACGCGCUAUCGCCAAGCAGACUAGCUACAGAUUCUAUUCCUGCUCAUUAUUAAUAGUCUACGAGGGUGACGUCGAAAGCGAAUCGACGGCGGACGAAGCUACAGGCAACGAGUACGACGCGGACGCGUCCAGCAGCUCGACAGACCUGGCGCCGUCCCCGGGUCACUUCGACAUGUCCACCCUACAUGACGAGAUCUCAUCUGACUCGCACGGCACUCGCGAGCCGUUCCAACCGCAUUCGGAGGAGACAAUGGGCGGCUACGAGGAGGGCGAGGUGGCCUCGCACUCGCCACGCCGGCAGCCGCCCAGCCCGGACUCCACCGACAGCUGGAUGGCGUACUCGUCGACCAGCAGCGAGUCGUGGCGCGGCGAGGCCGAGGCAGAGGCGGAAGCGGAGGCGAGCGGCAAGCGCGCGCGGACCAAGUCGCAGGCGGCGGCGGGCGCGUGGAGCGCCCCGCGAGCGGCGCCCCCGCCGCCGGCGGAGCGCGUCGACAUCCGCAUGAUCGACUUCGCGCACACGGCGUACGCGGGCGCCGCGGCCGAGUCGCCGCUCGCCACCGCCACGCCGCACCACGGGCCCGACUGCGGCUUCCUCACCGGCAUCGACAGCCUCAAGCGGCUGCUCACCGAGAUCUUGCCGCCGCAGCCCUACAGUUAAUGAGACUAUCUCGCGAGCCGCGGCCGCGCGGAUGAUUCGUAGAAAAAAUAUCAAAAUUGUGGCAACUUCCAGGAGAGAGGGCGACGCGUCUCGUUCGCCGAGGUCGACGAGGUCGGCCGGGUCGCCGCCUGUGGAGUUUGCGAAAGUACGUUUGUAGCUCGCCGACGAUGUUUCGAUGUU